AUGUCAUCCUCCUCCUCCUCAUCCGAACAAAAACCCAAGCCAUGCUGUGUCUGUCUUGAUGAAAGAAAAGAACGAGACAAAUGUCUUUUGUUUCAUGGUGCUGAAAGUGAUGAUUGCAAAUCAAUUCUUGAAAAGUAUACUUCAUGUAUGAAGAGUUAUGGCUUUACACCCAAUCCAGUUAAGAAUUGA